CUGCGUUCUCAUUGGCCGAACGUUGAGACGUCGCAUUCGCUCAUUGGAUGGUAUGGCAAGGUCAUGACUUCGGUGCGCAUGCGCAGAGUCAGUUCCCUGAGCUGUGUCAAUGUGGGGCGAAAAGCAGCAGUUCUGAACGCUUGUAGAAGAUUUUACAAUUUGGAUCAAGGCUUUUAAACAUCAGGUCGCGUGUUUUAUCGUGUUUACACAGACGAAACAUCAUGACGAGCAGCUCAAAGCGGAAAGAGGAGGUUCAUGUGGUUAAUGGAGGAGUAAAGCAGCCCACAUGGAGCAAAGCCAUCAGCUGUAAAGCAGUGUGGGACGAGAAGGAUGAGUUUUUAGAUGUCGUCUACUGGUUCCGACAAAUCAUCGCUGUCAUAUUGGGCGUAAUCUGGGGUGUCGCUCCUCUGAAAGGGUUUCUGGGUAUAGCCAUAUUCUGUGUAAUCAACGCAGGAGUUCUGUACGUGUACUUCAGUAGUUUUCAGCAGGUGGAUGAGGAGGAGUACGGAGGAACAUGGGAGCUCACCAAAGAAGGAUUCAUGACUUCAUUUGCUUUGUUUCUGGUGGUUUGGAUAAUAUUCUACACGGCGCUGCAUUACGACUGAGGACGUGCAGGAAACCCAUAGUCCUGGAGAGACAAAGACGGACAUUUUAUUUAAUUUAAAAUGGAAGGGCUGUAUCGAGCUACUUCUCCAAGGUGUCUGUAUAUGUUACCAGCAGCAUGUGUGAGCCUUGAGGAAGAGGUGCAUCAUGGGUACAAGACAUGAUAAUAACCUUCUCGCACCCAGGGGUCAUUGAAUUUUUAAGCUAAUAUUGUCCAGUGCACUGCCACGGCUAAUGGGUUAAUAACUGUUAUUUCCGUUUGUCCUUUCUGCUUUUUCUCAUUCAAAUGCCACCGUAUCGAGCAGGAUUUAACUUAAUUUUAUGUUUUUGUUUAUUUCUUUCACGAUUAGCUUCCAACAGAUUGUCUUACUCUGUUAUGAACAGUCAAAUCGAAUAGGAGUGUGUAAAUUCUGUACAAUUCAUUUUAUUGAAUCCAUAAUGUAUUAAAGAAUUUCUUAUGUCUGUUGAUGUAACAUACUUCUCAGUAUUUUAUAGUGUAUUCAUGGAAAUGGAAAUGCAAAUGUUCUGAAUGCUUGUUAUGAUUAAUAAGAUGUACCUGAGGCUGUAGAGAGACUAUUUUCUGGCUGAAAUGUUUUGGAGAAUAAAAUAAAACCUGGGCAUUGUCUGCCCCACACUUUUCAA